GUCUACUGUAAUUCACAUUCUGAGAAUUCAGCGCAUCUACACUAGAUACGGCUUAAAUGAUUAUUUCAUUUUAGUCACAAUUUAAAUUUGGUCUUUCUGGCACAGUUUGAGAAGACGCAUUUUACCGCUUACGGCUACAUCUUGCAAAGGGAAGGAGCCAUCGAGACUGUCGUUUGUCGACUCUGUUAAACAGGACAGUAAGUUACGGCUUUGUGGAGUCAUCUUCCGGUCGGUUUUCAGUUUGUGCCGUUCCCGUGGAUGCGGCCGUUUGACAGUCUUCGGCACAUCGAUAUCUUGUUUCACCCACGUCGUCGCCGAGUGGAAGGGCAGGACUGGAUCGUCCUGGGAGAAUCGGAUCCAGAUGCAGAAACUGGAUUCGCAUCAGCAUUUUCCUGAUUCCGCUUGUUCGCCUCUUCCUCCUCUUGAUCAACAGAUUGAGGACGAGGCCGUCGAUGCGGCUGAUCUAACAGAUGACAACAACGACAACAGCCUCAUACGCAUACGACACUUGAUGUCCAAUUAUAGCGCCAUCGUACAGCCGCCGGCAUCGUCGUCGUCGUUGUCGAACAGCAGCAGUAGCGAGGCAAUGCGGCCUCAUCAUCAGUCGCGGGUUCACCAGGUUGCCGAUGAGAAUUCCGUUGGCGUGCCGGAUGAACUGGAAGUGAAGGAGAGCCGUGUGGCACCCGGCCGAACCGGCAUCUGGACCAGGUGUGACGUCCCAGCGGGAAGCAUGUUUGGACCGUUGAUGGGCAGUCUGCUGCCCGGCGCAGGACUGGACGGAGCAGCGGAUGCCAGUGGAACGAAAAACUGGACGGUGGUGGAUUCAGCUGGAAGUUCGGUUGGACGAUUUCUCACACAACAUCCGCACUGGAUGAACGAUAUUCAAGCCUGCUCUGCACCGAACGCUAUGGCCACUCUCCAAGGAUUUCAACAGAUCUAUGUAAAGACACUCCGUGACAUUACCGGACACGAUGAGCUGACGCUUGAUGCGGCGCGGAAGAACAGCGUGCAGAUCUCGGCAUCCAAGCCCGUCUCGGGGUUUCUUUGGGAUCAGAAUGUAGCCUUUAACGGCAAUUCAUUUGGAAACGAACGGAAAGGUGACGAAGAGCGUAAUCUACUGAGAUGCCAGAAGUGCUUAGCCAGGUUCCAGAAUAAAGGAUCAUGGUAUCGGCACAUCACAUCUGAGUGUUCAUCCGUUGCUGGAACUGACCAGGAACCGGUCAGUUCACCUGCUGAAUCAAAAAGGGGAUUUUCCGAGGAUCCUCAUUCACAUCACAGCACAUCGGAAUCCGGUGUGGUCAGCAGCGGGGGCGGUGGUGAUCCUUGUGCGGAGCGGCGCCACCAGUGUGAGCAGUGCGAGCGCUACUUCACCGAUCCCAGCAAUCUUCAGCGCCACAUCCGCACCCACCACGAAGGCGCCCGCACCCACGCGUGUGCCGAGUGCGGCAAGACAUUCGCCACGUCCAGCGGCCUCAAACAACACACGCACAUCCACUCCAGUAUCAAGCCCUUCCGCUGCGAAGUCUGCCAUAAAGCCUAUACACAGUUCUCCAAUCUCUGCCGGCACAAGCGAAUGCAUGCCAACUGCCGCACACAACGAACACUAAAGAAACACUUCACCGGUGCGUUUCCGGGCAAAGGACCCCACCCCUAUUUACUGUCGCCGACCGGCACGGCCCGCCCCUUUCCUCCCUUCCCCAACUCCUUUCUCCCCAAUUUCCCCGGUUUCCUGCAGCCCUUCCCCAGCCUCCCAUUCCCACCCGGCAUGCUCCCGCACAGCCACACCGACAAGAAUCAAAACACCUCCCCUGACCCGGGUGCCCGUCAUCCGCACCACCAUGCCGUGCACAGCGAAUCCGAAGGCGAUGAGUUUGACCACUCGGACGACGAGACCGAGCACCCGUACAAUCUGACCCCGGGCAGUCACCACCACGACGACAGCAUGGCCUACGAUCUGUCGCCGCGGCGCGCCAGCUCUUCCCUGUCGGAUGAGCAUUCUCGCAAGGAGGAGAACGAGAAACCGCUGGAUUUAUCCGUGCCGACCCGCCCCCCACCGGCCACCAUCUUCACCCGUGUCACCAGCCCGAGUUCGGCCCGCAAGACGCACAUCUUCGGUGAGCCGAACCAGGAGGAGAUGGGCAUCUUCCCGUAUCCCUUUGGGCCGGGUGGGCGGAGCUUCCUCGGGGGUAUCCCGGCCAACGUGCACGAAGAGAUGCAAAAGUAUCUUGCCAUGACGCCGCGCUAUCCCUUCUUCAACCCUUUUCUGGCCAACACCCAGCACCCGCCCUUUGAUCUCUUCACGCCACGCACCCACGCCCCGCCCGCCGCACCGGCUGCCCCACCGCCGGCCCCACCGGCCGUCCAGGUGCCGACACCGGUGUCCUCGUCGGUGUACAGCGUCGGAGCCAGUCCGACGAAAUCCAAAGAGCGCUACACGUGUAAAUUCUGCUUCAAGAUCUUCCCACGCUCCGCUAAUCUGACCCGGCAUCUGCGCACCCAUACCGGCGAGCAGCCAUACAAGUGCAACGUCUGCGGGCGGUCAUUCAGUAUCUCCUCCAAUCUGCAGCGGCAUGUCCGCAAUAUCCACCACAAGGAAAAGCCCUUCAAGUGUCCGCUGUGCGAGAGGUGUUUCGGUCAGCAGACCAAUCUCGACCGGCAUCUGAAGAAGCACGAAGCCGAGGAGGGAUUGUUGACCAGUAAGCCGGCGCGCAACGGGGAUAUGGGGGUCAGUAUGGCGCCGGUGCGGUCGGGAACGCCGUAUUCCUCGGAGGAGGAGGAGAUGGAGGAGGAGGAAGACGAAGAGGAGUGUGUCAGUGAGAGCUCCGGCCAGCGGAAGGCCGCCGAGGAGGAGGCGGUGCCGGUGACGCCGGUAAAGGUCAACGGCACGGCGCUGCAUCCCAAGAUGAUGCUGAAGAUUAACCGAUGAAUUCAUGACAAUUUCUUCUAGUUUAUUAGUAUGGUCUGACCGGCCCCACACAUGUAGACGGUGUUUGUGCAUUUUUUGUAGAUGGUUUUUUUCUCAGCUGAUUGGAUACGGUGUAUUAAGCGCGCUUCUAGUGGAUAACGCUAAUUUUUCUUUGGUUUUCAAUUAAUUUUUACAUUUGCGCUUUUUAGUUGUUUUUAGUUUGAAUUCGGUGCUGAAUAAUUAAUUGACGGCUGCAUUGUACCUGUGUUGAACAAACUGGGAAUGAAUGAAA